AAAAAUAUAUAUAUUCAAAAAACCUAAGCCCACGAAUACCAGCUCCCGUAUAGUAUUUCCUCUUCAGCUCUCUCCUUUCCUUCACAACUGAAUUUGAAGCAAUGGCAACCAUGAAUUCUAGUGUGUUGUCCUGCAACUAUGCAAUCUCAGGCACAGCAUCAUCGGAUGUGAACUGGAAGCUCACAUCUAUGCCAUCAGUUGCAUCUUCAGCUGUUUCGAGUCCUAAAUUGCCAGCGAUCAAGGCUCACCAUGCUAAGGUUUCUGUCUCUAAGGAGGCAAUAAGAGCAAGUGAGGGAAGAAGAGCUGCACUGGUUUGCUUGGCAGCGGCUCUUUUCGCCAGUGCCACCUCUAGCUCAUCGGCCAAUGCCGGGGUCAUUGAAGAGUACCUUGAGAAGAGCAAAGCUAAUAAGGAACUGAAUGACAAGAAGAGGUUGGCUACCAGUGGAGCUAACUUCGCACGUGCAUACACAGUUGAGUUCGGCAGCUGCAAAUUCCCAGAGAACUUCACUGGCUGUCAAGAUCUUGCCAAGCAAAAGAAAGUACCAUUCCUUUCAGAAGAUAUAGAGUUGGAAUGUAAAGGGAAGGAUAAGUACAAGUGUGGUUCCAACGUUUUCUGGAAAUGGUAAUUAACAAAACAGUGUUUUUGUAAUCUCCCCAUCUUGUAUUUUGUUACUGUCACUAAAUUUUCCAUUGAAGCACUUUUAGAUCAAAUCGUUCUGUAGCCUUCGAUACCAUAUACAAUGUUACAUUGCAAUGUUGUUUACUUCUGUA